GCCCAGGGCUAUAUAAAGGGGGAGAUUCCUUCUGGGUGUUGUACACAGGCAACAUGGGCAAGCUUCUGGUUUGUGUUGGACUGGCUCUCCUGCUGCAUGUGCAGCUAGGAUCCUCCUACAUCCUGUCAUGUUACUUCACCAACUGGGGACAGUACCGACCUGGAGCAGGAAAGUACUUCCCUACCAACGUUGACCCAUGCCUGUGUGACCAUCUGAUCUAUGCUUUUGCUGGCAUGAACAACAAUGAGAUUGCUACCUACGAGUGGGAUGAUGUCAAGCUCUACGGCGAGUUCCAGGCCCUGAAGAACCAGAACAGCAACCUGAAGACCCUUCUGGCUAUUGGUGGCUGGAACUUUGGGACUGCCAAGUUCUCUGCUAUGGUGGCUUCUUCUGCUAAUCGUCAGACCUUCAUCAGCUCUGUGAUUAAGUUCCUGAGGCAGUAUGAGUUCGAUGGUCUGGACAUUGACUGGGAGUACCCUGGAUCCCGUGGGAGCCCUGCUCAGGACAAACAGCUCUACACCACUCUUGUGCAGGAAAUGAUGGCUGCUUUUGUGGCUGAGGGAAAGCAGACCAACCGUCCUCGUCUGAUGCUGACUGCUGCUGUCUCUGCUGGCAAGGGCACCAUUGAUUCUGGAUACCAGAUUGCCCAGAUUGGCCAGGUUCUGGACUAUUUCCAUGUCAUGACCUACGACUUCCAUGGUUCUUGGGAGACACAGACUGGAGAGAACAGCCCUCUGUACCAGGGACCAGCUGAUCAGGGAUCUUACAUCUACUUCAAUGUCGACUAUGCUAUGAACUACUGGAAGAGCAAUGGUGCUCCUGCCGAGAAGCUGCUUGUUGGUUUCCCCACCUACGGACACACCUUCAUGCUGGCCAGCUCUUCCGAAACUGGUGUUGGAGCUCCCACUAGAGGACCUGGACCUGCUGGAACCUAUACCAGACAGUCUGGAUUCUGGGCUUACUAUGAGAUUUGUACUUUCCUGUCUCAAGGAGCCACUCAGGCAUGGGAUACUCCCCAGGAUGUGCCAUAUGCCUACAACAGCCAGAACAUCUGGGUUGGAUAUGACAACAUCAAGAGCUUCCAGAUCAAGAUUGACUGGCUGAAGAAGAACAACUUCGGAGGUGCUAUGGUGUGGUCUCUGGAUUUGGAUGACUUCAGUGGUACCUUCUGUAACCAGGGCAAAUACCCCCUGAUCAACACCCUGAAGAGUGGCCUGGGAACUGGCCAGAGUUGCUCUGCCCCUGCCAACCCCUUGCCCCCUGUCACUGCUGCCCCAGCUCAGCCUAGCAGUGGCGGCAGCGGAAGCAGCAGCAGUGGCGGCAGUGGAAGCAGCAGCAGUGGCAGCGGAGGCAGCGGCUUCUGUGCUGGCAAGACUAACGGAUUGUACCCCGACCCUACCAACAAGAACAACUUCUACAACUGCAACCAGGGCAAGUCUUACCUUGAGCACUGUGCCACUGGCCUGGUCUUCGAUGCUAGCUGCUCUUGCUGUAACUGGGCUUAAAUCCUCAUUUAGAACUUAGCAUGCCAGCAGGCAGCUCUUGAUGUGAUUCAUCUGUUUGGUGCUUAGUCAUAUUAGUCUCCGUUUAAAAAUAAAACUAGCAAACCCUG